UUGUUUUUUUUCUUUUUUAGGCGCGAUGGAAGAGCGAUACCCGACAUACAAGAGUUAUCCUCCUGUGCCCAACUGGUACUCUUCCUGUAUCACAGCUAUCAUUGAGCCUCACUUUUUUUUAUAUGCAACCCGAAACUGUAUUGUUAUCCUUGGUCUUUGGGAUCUCAGAUAUUUCGGCUCAUUUACUGUUUCGACCGAGAAAGUAACAGCUAUAGCAGCGCAUGAGACAUUCUGUUUUACAGCAGGCGUAGAUAAAACUGUCAGAGUAUGGAAUGUCUUGUUGGGUUCUUUAUUGACAAGCUAUACUGAACACAAGGCAGAAAUCACUGCCCUUAAAUUGAUAGGAAAUGGUACAAUGGUUGUCUCGACUGAUAAGUCAGGUCUUGUGGUGAUAGCAGAUCCAUUCAACAAUAAAAAGCAUAGUCAGCAUAAAGUAAAGUCAGAAAUCACUAGUUUAGCAACCACUACCUACGACCAAGCGAAUUAUUUGGCUAUAGGGUAUGCCAAUGGCAUGAUUUUUAUCGAGAAACUCGAAUCUGAUUUAUCUACAACAACUGUCUGCCAAAUAGCCAGUGACAAUGAUUCCAUUCAAUCUUUGGAUUGGCAAAAGACAACAGAGGCAUGGCCAUUAUUAGCCACAAGCACAAAGCGUAAGAGACAUGUGAGUAUAUGGCACAUUCCUUCUCAGUCUGAAUGGACCUCUAUUCGACUCCCCAAUCCACCUGCACAAGCAACUGAACAACAGAAAUCCACUGUCUGGAUUGAAUUGGCUUGGUCACCUCAUGAACAACACAAGCUCUUUUUUAGUUCGUUUAUCGGAUCCAUUGUCUGUUUUGAUCUUUCAUCGAAAUCACCUAAACUAUGCAACCAUGAACGACUUGAGAAACACAGUAGGAAUGUAUUUACAAUCAAUUGGUUUAAUCAUGGCAAAAACUGUAUUACCACUUCAUUGGACAAACAAAUCAUUCGAUGGGACGUGAAAAAGAAGAGUUGUCUACAGAGUCUCAAGACACAGGCUGGUUUCCCUUAUGCUAUGGACUCACCUGCUUGGAAUCCUGAUCAACUGGUGGUUGGUAUGGGUGAUAAUGCAAUCAAAUUAUGGCGUUUCGCAGACACACAGACAGUCAUGAAGUCUAAUAAGCAUGAUUAUUAUGAAGCUACUGUCUUGUGGAAGGGGUUGCAAGGCAAAAUAGAAAAGGUGCAAUGCCAUUCUACAAAAGAAGGCCUUGUUGCUUAUAGUAAUGAAUAUGGACAUGUGGGACUCUACGAUACACUUGAUCUUCGCCGUAUACCUUGCAAGACUUACCAUAGAUCUCAAGGAGCACCCUUUAUUGCAUGGGGACCAGACAUGAGUGAAGUAUUAGAAAACAAUAUGAAAGACACCCUUUUCUCCUGUGGUGGAGAUGGCAUACUUCAUGUCUAUGAUGCAAACAGUCCACAAGCACCUCCUGUCCAGUUAAACCAAAGACUACAGGAAAAGAACCUUGCAUGGUUUACUAGUCUUACAUCCAUUAAAACUAAUCGAUAUUCACUCAAGAUAGACAAAAAGGCACAGUAUUUAGCACUUGGACAUACAAAUGGUUUUGUGGAAGUGUAUUCUCUUCAGACCCUUAAAAUAAUGUACGUAUCAAAUUAUCACCGAGAACUUGUAAGAGCAUUGGAUUUCAAGUAUAUCAAUGAUACAGUGCUUUUAGCUUCUGGCUGUGAUGCAGGAGAUAUUGCUAUUCAUGACAUUGGAUCUAUCAAAGAACCUAUUCCAGAUGUCCCUGUAUUUCAUUCUGAAGUGAUGUAUAGUCUAAAAGGACACAAAAAGGGGAUCCGAGUAUUGAAGUGGAGCAACCAUUAUGAUAAAGCUUUUCUUGCCUCUGGAUCUGAUGAUAGUUUUGUGGUUGUAUGGCAUGAAGACAAACCCAUUUCUUCAUUUGAUAGACACCGUAAUCGAAUCUUGUCUAUCUGCUGGAGUCCUCUAGACCAUGAUAUCUUGUUUACAGGAAGUGAAGACCGAUUUAUUUAUGAGUGGAACAAGCAUGAUUUCCCAUGUACAGAACCUUUGAAUGCCAUCAAAAAUCUGUACGAUAAAGAAAAGGCCAUCUUGAGUCAGAACAACAAACGCAAAACUGAAGCUGUCCCUGCUGCCAAUGUAAAGAAACCAAAAAAAUUAGUGGCUUCAAACGAAGAAACAGAUCCUCGGUUAAAUAGCAUGUUACUCUCUCAAGAAUCUGAGAAAUCAACCAGUCGGUUAAGAAAAGAACAGUACUGUCUUAUUUUGGCUGAUUCAUUGAUUGAAGGCAAAAUCAAACAAGCAAUACAUGAGCUAAAAGGCAAGUAUUUGACAGAAGAACAAAAAAAGGAUGCUACUGUCUCGAGAUACAUGGACUUUUUGGAUGAAAAACAACAAAGUUCGACAGUUCAUGAAAAUAUUCAUGAACUGUUUUAUGGUGACAAGAAUGAUAUUCGUCGUCUCAUUGAACUUGAAGUCAAAGCAAUACAUCAGAAAGAAACAAGUUCAAGCACAGAGCCUAGUUAUGGUGUCCAUAACAAUGUCAAGUAUGAUUUUGAUAUCAAAUUGGCCAUGGAUAUAAUGCAAUGUCAAUUCAGUAUGUUUGAAUCGCACCAACUCGAUCAAAAUGCAAAUAGUUGCUUAACAGACUGGAUUGUGCUUGCCAUGAGCCCUAUGGUUGGAAAACAGACAUGGAUAGAUUUGAUGUUAAAACAAGCUCAAAAACUAGAAGGGUUUAAACAAUACCAUUUAGCAGCAUCAUGUUACAUUGCUUCUUCACAUGUGUAUGAAGCUAUUGAACUCUAUCGACGUCAUCAUAUGUUUCGAGAAGCCAUUGCUUUAGCCAAAAUAAGGUUACCUCCUCAAGACCCUAUUGUGUCCAGUUUGUUUGCAGACUGGGCAAAUGAAUUGCAGAAAGGAGACCAAGAUACUUUGACAGCUAUUUGGUAAAUUCUUGUUCUUGAUGUAUAUGGGCUAACAAGGGCUUUAGUUAUUUAUUAUCAAAGACAAAGGGCUCAAUCAGUAAUGCUAUUAAUGCAUUAGCUCGUAGUCGUAAAGAAUCUUCAUUGUUUUAUGCAACUUGUUUAGCUAUAGCAGCAAAUGAAGCGACCAAAGCACAAAGAAUAGAGCAUUGGUUAAGUAAACUGAAUGAACGGUUAAGUAACAAGACAAAAGCUAUGUAAAUAUCAAAACCAGUCGGCAUGUCAGAAUAAAGCCAAUUGAUGCUAAAUGACAUAUUUUGCUUGAAUUUGAUUGAAUGAGAGGAGUAUAAAAUUUUUGAUGGUUGAUGAGAUGAAAUCUAAAUCUUUUCUUUCUUUCUUUCUUUUUAAUAUCAUGAUGGAAGUUCCAACUCAAGUGGGUUCUCCUAUCCCAGCCCAUACACCUC